UCUUCAGCUCGCUCGUCUGGGCAGACGCUGUUUUGAUGUAAAACUGCAAUGGAUUUCCACAUCUUACGAAUUGCUCUUUUGAGCUUCAUUCUCCUUAUUCAUCUUACGAAUGCGCAGCAGGACACAGAAUGCACGUGUCCAUGCAGAGAACGCACAUUGGUUUCCCACUUGAUCUCUAUUGGUGACAUGGCAGGCGCAAAUGUAUUCGAGGAGGACGACCUUCCUUCAUCACCGUUUACAUUGGACAUGGAAUACAGCUGUAAGACAAAACCAAAUUUGGUCCUACUCUUGUGCAACGGUGAAAUUUCAUCAUUAGAAGAAGCGGAUGAGGCUGCUAACUGCUACAAAGCAGAUAUUUUGCCGGAACUACAAAUCACGCGUUCGAAGCAUGAAUGUGGCACAUCAUCAGGGCCGAGUAGAACCGAAUCCGGCAAAUCGGGAACUGUCACACUCCAGACAAAGACGGAUGGAGUACAGUCUUUCAGAAUCGAGCAUAUCCAACAAAGCAGGAGCAUUGAGAUCACUGGUGAUGAGCUUGACCUCCAACUUCUGAAGAGUUUACGUAUCUUCAUCCACCAUGGAGAGCAGUGUAACAUUAGGAUCACUGCUCAAAAAUUGACCGAAUUGUCGAAUCUAUUAACCGACUCUGAGAAGGUGGAUGAGUCCCCGAAUGACAAAGAUAACGUAGGCGAUACAGAUGUGGUGGGCGCGCCGCCCUCGAGAGAUGAUACAAUUCUCUCAACUGAAAACGAUUCAACAGAGAAUGAGGAAAGUACAGGAGCAGAAAACGAAGAACCCGUCGAUGAGUCAUUAGAAAGUGAUGAGGAUAAUGGUGCAGAACCAGCUGGAGAAGAAACGGGAGAGGAUGAGGAUACUGAAAGCAACGAAACAGAUGAAGAGUCCCCGAAUGGAGAAGAUAGUGUAGGCGAUACAGAUGUGGCGGGCGCACCGCCCUCGAGAAAUGAUACAAUUCUCUCAUCUGAAAGCGAUUCAACAGAGAAUGAGGAAAGUACAGGAGAAGGAAACGAAGAACCCGUCGAUGAGUCAUUAGAAAGUGCUGAGAAUAAUGGUGCAGAACCAGCUGGAGAAGAAACGGAAGAGGAUACUGAAAGCAACGAAACAGAUGAACAGUCCCCGAAUGGAAAAGAUAGUGUAGGCGAUACAGAUGUGGCGGGCGCACCGCCCUCGAGAAAUGAUACAAUUCUCUCAACUGAAAGCGAUUCAACAGAGAAUGAGGAAAGUACAGGAGCAGAAAACGAAGAACCCGUCGAUGAGUCAUUAGAAAGUGCUGAGGAUAAUAGUGCAGAACCAGCUGGAGAAGCACCGGGAGAGGAAGAGGAUACUGAAAGUAACGAAACAGAUGAAGAGUCCCAGAAUGGAGAAGAUAGUGUAGGCGAUACAGAUGUGGCGGGCGCACCGCCCUCGAGAAAUGAUACAAUUCUCUCAUCUGAAAGCGAUUCAACAGAGAAUGAGGAAAGUACAGGAGAAGGAAACGAAGAACCCGUCGAUGAGUCAUUAGAAAGUGCUGAGAAUAAUGGUGCAGAACCAGCUGGAGAAGAAACGGAAGAGGAUACUGAAAGCAACGAAACAGAUGAAGAGUCCCCGAAUGGAAAAGAUAGUGUAGGCGAUACAGAUGUGGCGGGCGCACCGCCCUCGAGAAAUGAUACAAUUCUCUCAACUGAAAGCGAUUCAACAGAGAAUGAGGAAAGUACAGGAGCAGAAAACGAAGAACCCGUCGAUGAGUCAUUAGAAAGUGCUGAGGAUAAUAGUGCAGAACCAGCUGGAGAAGCACCGGGAGAGGAAGAGGAUACUGAAAGUAACGAAACAGAUGAAGAGUCCCAGAAUGGAGAAGAUAGUGUAGGCGAUACAGAUGUGGCGGGCGCACCGCCCUCGAGAAAUGAUACAGUUCUCUCAACUGAAAGCGAUUCAACAGAGAAUGAGGAAAGUACAGGAGAAGGAAACGAAGAACCCGUCGAUGAGUCAUUAGAAAGUGCUGAGAAUAAUGGUGCAGAACCAGCUGGAGAAGCACCGGGAGAGGAAGAGGAUACUGAAAGUAACGAAACAGAUGAAGAGUCCCAGAGUGGAGAAGAUAGUGUAGGCGAUACAGAUGUGGCGGGCGCACCGCCCUCGAGAAAUGAUACAGUUCUCUCAACUGAAAGCGAUUCAACAGAGAAUGAGGAAAGUACAGGAGAAGGAAACGAAGAAACCGUCGAUGAGUCAUUAGAAAGUGCUGAGGAUAAUAGUGCAGAACCAGCUGGAGAAGCACCGGGAGAGGAAGAGGAUACUGAAAGUAACGAAACAGAUGAAGAUUCCCAGAAUGGAGAAGAUAGUGUAGGCGAUACAGAUGUGGCGGGCGCACCGCCCUCGAGAAAUGAUACAAUUCUCUCAACUGAAAGCGAUUCAACAGAGAAUGAGGAAAGUACAGGAGCAGAAAACGAAGAACCCGUCGAUGAGUCAUUAGAAAGUGCUGAGGAUAAUAGUGCAGAACCAGCUGGAGAAGCACCGGGAGAGGAAGAGGAUACUGAAAGUAACGAAACAGAUGAAGAGUCCCAGAAUGGAGAAGAUAGUGUAGGCGAUACAGAUGUGGCGGGCGCACCGCCCUCGAGAAAUGAUACAGUUCUCUCAACUGAAAGCGAUUCAACAGAGAAUGAGGAAAGUACAGGAGAAGGAAACGAAGAACCCGUCGAUGAGUCAUUAGAAAGUGCUGAGAAUAAUGGUGCAGAACCAGCUGGAGAAGCAACGGAAGAGGAUACUGAAAGCAACGAAACAGAUGAAGAGUCCCCGAAUGGAGAAGAUAGUGUAGGCGAUACAGAUGUGGCGGGCGCACCGCCCUCGAGAAAUGAUACAAUUCUCUCAACUGAAAGCGAUUCAACAGAGAAUGAGGAAAGUACAGGAGCAGGAAACGAAGAACCCGUCGAUGAGUCAUUAGAAAGUGCUGAGGAUAAUAGUGCAGAACCAGCUGGAGAAGCACCGGGAGAGGAAGAGGAUACUGAAAGUAACGAAACAGAUGAAGAGUCCCAGAAUGGAGAAGAUAGUGUAGGCGAUACAGAUGUGGCGGGCGCACCGCCCUCGAGAAAUGAUACAGUUCUCUCAACUGAAAGCGAUUCAACAGAGAAUGAGGAAAGUACAGGAGAAGGAAACGAAGAACCCGUCGAUGAGUCAUUAGAAAGUGCUGAGAAUAAUGGUGCAGAACCAGCUGGAGAAGCAACGGAAGAGGAUACUGAAAGCAACGAAACAGAUGAAGAGUCCCCGAAUGGAGAAGAUAGUGUAGGCGAUACAGAUGUGGCGGGCGCACCGCCCUCGAGAAAUGAUACAAUUCUCUCAACUGAAAGCGAUUCAACAGAGAAUGAGGAAAGUACAGGAGCAGGAAACGAAGAACCCGUCGAUGAGUCAUUAGAAAGUGCUGAGGAUAAUAGUGCAGAACCAGCUGGAGAAGCACCGGGAGAGGAAGUAAAAAGUAAUACGGGAUCAGAAGAUGAGACAGUUGAUGAACAAACAAGCACAUAUGACAGGCCACCAGAGGAUUCCACGAAUGGAGAAGAUAAUGUAGGCGAUACAGAUGUGGUGGGCGCGCCGCCGUCGAGGGACAAUGGAGUUGCCACAGAAGAUUACUCGCUUGAAAUCGAUGCGAACGGUGCAAACAUACCUAUCUACGAGGCCGAUAGUAGCUCGGACUUCGACUUAAACUUGGUAUGUUCUAAUGAAGAGAAUAUAAACGGCCUUAUAUUCUACCUCCUAUCUAACCCAUCAGGACAGGGUUACAGCGUAAGAUUCCGCGCACAGGGCCUAGAUGUUACACCUCCCGAUGGCUCAAGUAUAUCAUAUACAUACGCCAUCAGCGAAGUUCCUUCUGAUGCUGCGCUGCAGUUUUCGGUGGAAGGCAAUCAACUCUUUAUUCGUAUCAGGCUGGGCGAGAGUUACACAAACCUGAUUGAAACUGGGCUGACGAUUGAACGCUCCACAGUCAGAUUCAUAUGCGUUGGUGCCACUCGUGUGUUCCGAAUACGUCAUUACUGUGGCAGUCUGCAAUGGAUAUCUCAUCCUUCAAUACCUGAAAUAGACGAUGAUACUCCAAGGGAACACCAAGCAUUGAACUUCGAAACCAGAGGUAACGGCAAUCCCUACUUCCAUGCUGAGUUGGCAUUCAAACUAUCACAGCCCAGUCGAUAUGAUUUCCUUGUUCAGGCUACGGAGGGUGCGAUUAUAUACCUCUCUUCCGGACAAGAUGCAUCUUCAGCGGUCUACAGGCUUGUAAUUGGAGACGGAGGCAAUACCGUAAGCCUUUAUCGUGGCUCUGGGACCGAACCUAUCUCGACCUCAACACCAAACAUUCCAGACGACCUGCUCAGUGGAAAUAAAUAUUCCCGAUUUUCUCUCACCAUCUCCCGAAAUACUGACAAGUAUUUGACCAUCCUCCUUGAACAGAGAUUCUUCCACUCUGCUAUUGCACCAAGACUCCUGAGCUAUACAGAAACAUCCACCAAGUACGAGCAGUCGGCACUUUAUCUCGGUUUCGACAGUGUUGCUGGAUACACAAUCUACUGGCGUUGCUAUGUUUUUUUCAUCAGAUCUGGAUCUUCUCUUGCUCAAGGAUACACCCAAACAAUCGGAAAUGAUAGAUAUAUUCAAGUAGGACCAUUCGCUGACGGAGACAGGAGGCUUCUUCUAGCUACUUCCUUAGAAAGUGACUUUGUCGUCGAGUUCCUGGACAGUCACAAAGUUUUAGUUGCUAGAAUCUCUUUUGGUGUAGAGAACAACGCUAGAACUGUCUUCAGCCAAAAUGGACAAGAUAUUUCCGCAGACAGGGGCCUGGAGCCAGACAACGACCAAUAUACAUACAUCUGGAUGUCUUUCAAUGAAAUCUUCCGAGCAGGAUACCAGUUUGAAUCCAAAGCAUUCAUUACUUCCGAGAGUAUCAGUGAACUGGCCAAUAUCCGCUACGCACAGUUCAAAGCAGGCGAUAGCUCACAAACAAACCAAUACACCUGCUAUUUCUGGAGGUACUUCUACGAGGUGGACGGUGAAUUGGUCGGUCGGUUUAGUAAUAUCAAUUACGAAUGCUAUACCAUGGAAGAUGAUGCCUGGGGCCAUAGUGCGACUGUAACCAGUAAGCUACCGUUGUGCUGGACAAGCUACAUUGGUUUCGGCUCUUCCAGAGAAAACGAACUUACAGAGAAUGAUUUUGUCAUGAGCGCAACGGAUGGAACCGAAAUUGACACUAUCGAUCAGUUUAGAAUUACCCCCGACAUAACCACGGAAUUUAACAUGAUAUCAAGAGCAGGGCGGACAAGUCUUUUGAGCUCCGAUGGUACACAAAUUCACGAAUUUGAUGCGACUGACACAGAAUAUUGUCUUGCUGUCUCGCCAUGUCGAAAUCUGUCUCGGAAGUCAUUCACUUCGCAAUCAUAUUCCUUCUCUCCUAAAUAUGGUUUUGACGUGAAUGAUUUCAUACCAACACCGGAUAGUUUGCAGGGAAACAUCGUAGUUGAGCUGACAGGAUAUGCCUCAACACCCGUUAUUCUUCAAUUCGCUACAGCCGAAAAGAAGAAAACCUACGCAAUCAGUUUUGACAGUGAGAUUAAAGAAAUAUCUCUAAAGCGCUUCAACAUUCCUGUCCAGUCAGAAACUGUAAAUGAGCUAACCCUGAAUGAACAGUUGUUCAAUAUUCGCACAGGCAGUGGAAUGGUUAUCGUUUACCUAGGAGAUACCAUUGUUCUUCAGUAUGUAGAUGCUGAACAACCUGAAAAUGCCGAUGCUCUUUGCCUGAUACAAAAUGCCCAAGCAUCAUUCCCAAGCAGUAGUAGUAGCAGCAGCAGCAGCAGUAGCAGCAGCAGUUCUGGAGGAUCCGGUAUCCCUGAUAUUCCUGAAGAUUGGUUCUAUCCAAGUCCCAGAGGGCAGGACGGAGAGAUCAAGUUGACUCUUAAUUCAUCAACUCUAGAUGAUGAUACCUAUGGAAACACCGGAUACAUCGCCUUUGCCGAUGAAUCCUUGUCCAUUACAUAUAUUUUCAAAUUCACCAAAUCUGACGAUGGAAGUAUUGCAGUGGAGUUGAUCAAGUUGCCUGAAGGUGAAAGUGUAGGUGAAUGUACACUGGGUGAUUCGGGAUCAGACACACUGGUACUAUUCUUCAAGUUUGGUGAGGAGAGUGUCACAUUGUCCAGAGAUACCCUUGACAACGAGGUUCUAAAUCAUGCCAGUACUGGACAAGCUGCCAACAGUGAUGCCAAUCUGGCCAUUGUGAAUUUUGCCAUCAGUAGUAGCAGCAGCAGCAGCAGUAGUAGCAGCAGCAGCAGCAGCAGCAGCAGCAGUAGCAGUUCUGGAGGAUCCGGUAUCCCUGAUAUUCCUGAAGAUUGGUUCUAUCCUAGUCCCAGAGGGCAGGACGGAGAGAUCAAGUUGACUCUUAAUUCAUCAACUCUAGAUGAUGAUACCUAUGGAAACACCGGAUACAUCGCCUUUGCCGAUGAAUCCUUGUCCAUUACAUAUAUUUUCAAAUUCACCAAAUCUGACGAUGGAAGUAUUGCAGUGGAGUUGAUCAAGUUGCCUGAAAGUGAAAGUGUAGGUGAAUGUACACUGGGUGAUUCGGGAUCAGACAUACUGGUACUAUUCUUCAAGUUUGGUGAGGAGAGUAUCACAUUGUCCAGAGAUACCCUUGACAACGAGGUUCUAAAUCAUGCCAGUACUGGACAAGCUCCCAACAGUGAUGCCAAUCUGGCCAUUGUGAAUUUUGCCAUCGCCAGCAACGGAGAUGCAACCGAUGGAGGUGGAACCGGAGACCAUGAAGGAAAUGGGACCGGGGGCAUCGGAGGAGAUGAUGACAACGGUGAUAAUGGGGGUGCAUUUUAAAUGAUCCUUGGUCAGCUAAAAUCUUCAAAUAAUAUUACAGAAUUUUCUAUAUUUAUCAGUAAUUAUCUUAGAUUAUUCUGCUGGUAAAGGUAAAACUACACAUCAACAUGUAUGUUGAAUAAUUAAAAACCAUGCAGCUCUACUUCUACCCAGGUUGACACUUAUUCUUUUUUAUUCUUUAUUUGAAUCUAAUUUAAUUUGUUGUCAUCUUCAACAACUGUAUAGUUGUAUUUUACUAUUUGUAUUACAUGUAUGUUAUCUUUGUAAAGUCACAUGGAUUGGAAAGAAAGACCUUCGGGUUAUAGUUAUUAAGUUAAUCUUUUUCCUUUCCUGGCAUCCAUGUGACUCUCCUAUUCCUAUUGUUUGUACAUGUUGUUUAUGUGUUUGAUUAUGCCGAAUAAAUAAUAAUAAUAAUUACCUUUAAAUGAAUAUCUAAUAAUCCCCCUGAUUAAUGAAAGUACUGUUAGGUAAUCAUGAAUUAUUUUGUGUGGUGGUAGGGUCUAUCAAUUCAAUUGGACUUAGUAAAAUAAGUAAUUAUUGCCUUUUUUCAUAAAAUCAAUCAAUAAAAAAUAAUCUUAUUGAAGCAGAUCCAACAGAUCAAAAGGUAAAAUUAAAUGGAAUCAAUGUGAAUAGACACAAGGUUGAAAUAAUAGCUGUGAAAACAAGAGGCAUCAAUAUUACCAUAACAUUUACAUGUAGGCCUACUUGAAUAUAGAUCACUGAACCAAUAAUUGGAUCAGCCUACUAGUUUUUGAUAUUUGAAAUCGAGCUAUGAAGGUACAUAUUUUCAUUAUCUUUAUAAACCGUUGCUCGGCGGUCAGUUGUUGCUAUGGUAAUUUUAGGGAAAUUUAUUUCUGACAAGCUUCAUGUAACAGCGCUCAGGUUAUUUUAUAAAAAAUAUUAAUGGCUUCCACAAAACUAAUGAGACAAUGAGCAAACUGGGAAUAACACUGUAUAAGUGUAAAAUAUGAAAUAAAACUCGAGUAAGAAGUAGAAUCAAACCCAAAGUAUUUCUUGAUAGAGAGUGAUGAAGUUCUAACUUAAGCGUAUAUUGCAAUCUAUCUAAAUUAAGAAGUGGCAGCAUGUUGAAAACAAAGCUCAGAUUCUCCAAUGUUUGAACCCAAUAAUAAUUCCUUAUAUUUUAGGCAAGCACUUACUACUGUAUGUUGGCUUGGAGUGAAUCUGUGUAAUCUCAUAAUAGUCUGCUUCAUUAUUGGCCCCUCUGAUAUAGUAUCCUCUAAUAAAGUAUCCCAAAAUAA